UUUAACGUGUAGCGGAUGGAUACUAGGGCAAAACCCGGAACUAGCCACUACGUCCCAGAGAAAUACCUGAGCGGCGGGGCGGUAAAAGCCAGCAGCCCCGCUUACGCAGGAAAGAGAUCCUCCGAGCGUCCCUUGAGGCAGAAGGUAGCCUUAGGCGGCGAUAACACCUCGUUGAAUGCCGGUUGGAAUGCGGUCCUGCGAAUCAGCGCAUCUCGGCAGGGCGCCAUGGACUUGGCAGGGAUGGAUGUUGGAGCUGAAAUUGAACUGACGGAAGAUGGGUCUCUGGAUGAACUGCCUCUGCACUUGGAAAAUGCCAAGAACUGUCUCUCCUGGGAAACCCUGGACGCCUCCAGCAGCGAUGACGACGGGGAGGCAUAUUUCACCUUCUACCUCCCCGCCCGGCGCCCGCCCCGGCCUGCUCAGCGCCUCCCGGCUCAGCGCCCGCCAGCCUCCCCCUCCGCCCGGUCGGCCGCUUGCACGAAAUGGAUCCCUCCCUUGUACCCCUGCCCGCUGCGCCCCAGCCUUCCCUCCGCCCCCGGGAGCCCGGUGUUCGGCGCUCACCAGUGCCAGAAGUGCCUGCAGGUCUUCAUGGAAGAGUGGCACUACGCCCAGCACCUCAAGGACCAUGCCCAAGAGGAGCUGCAGAAGCCCGCGGCGCCACCGCCCCGCGCACGCUCCCCGCCCCGCAAGCUGCGCUGCCUGGAGUGUGGCAAGCGGUUCCUGCACCCAGAGCACUUUGCCCGGCACACCAAGUGGCACCUGAAGCUGGUGCGGAAGGGCAUCAAGGUCUGCCACAGGAAGGGGUGCAGGCGCUCCUCCUCUUCUUCCUCCUCCUCCUCUUCCCCCGCCUCCCAAGCCGCCUAUGUUUACAAGCCCGCCAAAACGCAGCCGGGAGCAAAAGGCGCGUCCGGCCUGCUGGCUGCGCAGGAGACUCCGGGGCAGCUGAAGAGGCUCCAGGUGCCCCGGACCCAGAAGGCGGGCAAGCGGAAGUCCUCCAAGCACCAGAGGAAGCUGCCGGCUGCCAGUGCUCCGCCCGCCGAGGGCCUGCUGGGUCCUGCCCACCCGGGGCAUUCGGUGGCCAUCUUGGACGGGGACGUUGGCGUGGCCCUGCUGCAGCCGUGGCAGAAGCAGGAGGCCAUCUUGGAAGGGCAGGUGGCGGGGGGCCUGUUCCAGCCGGCGGUCAUGAACGCCGACAACCAGAUCAUCAUCCUGGAUGGCGACGAGGCGGAGGUGCAGGCCACCCUCUUCGACGGGCAGGGGAAUGUCAACGCCCUCCAGCCUCUUUUCCUCCGGGCUGAGGAGCAGACGGCCAUUUUGGACGCUCCGGUGAGCCUGAGCUCCCUGCAGUUGGGCGGAGUCAAUAAGGACCAGGCCGCCCUCGCCGCCGGCUGGGUCUCCCAGAACCCUUGCACACUCCUCCGGACUGUGCUGCUCCAGGCGGACGAGCAGGGAGCCGUCGUGGACGGCCAAGCGGAGGCCAGCCCCAUGCAGCAGGUGAUCAUCAAGACCUCGGAAGGUGCAUCCACACUGUAUCUGGACCCGGACCCUCACCUUUCUUCUGUGGACUUGGCCACCCUCCACUUGGUCCCUUUGCACCAAGAGUCUCAGUUUAUAACCGUCCCGUACGGGAACGCAUUGACCUUGGACAGCACAGAUCCAGCCUGCGACGGGAACGGGGCUUGGGAAGAGCCCCAGGCCGCCACCGUGCAGUUCUCGGGGUACGUGCCAAACCCGUGUCAACAAAACAAGCAACCAUCACCCCCGGCGACCGCCAGCCUUUCCCCCAAAGGCUCCGUGGUUGUCCGCCUGGUCCCCAGCACGUCCAGCGGGGACCACCCCGAGGUCUUGGACCUGGAGUACGACAUGGGCGGCGGCAUACCUGUGGCUUCUGAGCCGUGGGAGGCAAACGGGAGGGCUGGGCCAGAGGCCUACGGUGCCGAAGUGGUGGCGGCAGCAGAGGAGGACUUCAUCGUGGUGGAGGUGGACCCUGACUCGAGGGGCCCCAAGAUGGCGGCGGUGGGCCGCCCCCUCAGCAGCCACAGGCGGCGGGCCUCCCGGAGAAGGGUUCAGAAGCCGGCCAGACGGAGGAGGACUGCGUGGGGCUUCCGGUGCCCCGAUUGUGGGGCACGCUACAGCCGGGUGUCCCAGCUCCGCGCCCACCAGAAGUGGCCCCGGCACCGAGGGCGGAGCUUCCUGUGCGAAUGCGGGACUUCCUUCCGUGGCCUGCUGCACCUCCUGAGGCACCAGCUGCAGCACCUAGAGGAAGCCCUCUUCAUCUGCGCGGCCUGUGGGAAGUCCCUCAAAGGGCACACGGGCCUCGCCAGGCACGGCUCCUGCCACCCUCGCCCGGCCCACUUCAGCUGCCCGUGCGGAGCCAGCUUCCGGCGCCUGUCCCGCUACCUCUGGCACCAUGUGAGGAACCAGCGGCCCGGCCUGCGGGUGUACACCCUCUCAGGUUUCCUCCCCUCGAGCUGAGCCAGGUGGGCUCGCCCAGUCAGGGCCCCAGGAAUAUCUGGAGGUCCUGUUGAGAGCGGACCCCCAGCCUUUCGCCCACCAGUCCCUUGGCGGUUCGCCUUGUAUGUCUGGGGACCCGAAGACAAAAGGCUGCUGCUUCCAGGGGAGCAUUAGUCUGACACGGUUUACUGGUUGUGAAGCUUGUUUCUGUUGGGGUGUAUUUCUUUUGUUUUGUUCCCCUCCCCUCAUGUAAUUAUGACUGUGAAAAUUAAAACAGCAAAAGAUGCUGAGUCCA